AUGGCUACGCUCACCCAGCAUCCGGGCAGAGAACCCUUUGCCAAAAUUUUUGAAGGCCACCCGUUCUCUGGAACAAAACAAAGGAGAAACCCGAAGGACAUUCGAAAAGUGCUCGGAAGACACACACACACUUCCAAAUCCAUCCUUUUCAAAGCCAUGGUGAAGGACUUGGAACAGGAGAAGAAAGAACUUCAAGAGAUGCUCCGUGAACGGGACGCCACCGUGGCAACCCUGGAGGCCCGAAACCAGAUCUUAGUGGAAGCCAACAAGACUCUCUGUUCCGAAAUCAAAAAGGCCUCCAAACAACUUGUCCGGUUUCAAGAGUCCCGCGCGAGUCAAGACCGGGCUAUUUCGCGCAUCAAGCAAGUGACGGAGCAGAUCCUGGGCUACAUGAAAGAGCUGGAGGCGAAAAUAGAAAAGGAUAAGCAGCGAUACGAGGACGAGAAGAAGGAGUCGGCGGAGCUGGAGCGCAUGGUGCUCGAUUUGGAGAAGAUCUGCGAAGCGCAGGAGAACCAGAUCCUGUCUCUGGAAGAGCGGUUUGAGCAAUUGUCCUUCGGCAGGUUAGAGAUGGACUCCUUGCUGUAA